UCCUACUCACACUCAUUCUCUAAUUACACUGGUGAACUCCAGAUGAGAGAUUAGCUUUCUUUGUAAAGUGCGCUAUUUAUUACAUAGGCAAGUCAAGCUCUUUAGUUCUGCUUGAGACACUGCAAGACCCUCUGUCCUAAGUGGAAAGGACAGCUUAGUUUAAGGUUUCCUAUUUUUGUGCCAGUGCAAUGAAGAUAUUUGAUGCUGCAUAUAGGAAGUGAAGGAACUGUCAGAUGAUUUCUCAGGUAAUGCCAUGGGAAGGUGAAAAAGAUUAGUAACCAUGAGUUAAAAUACAGUUGCUUGUUUUACUGCUUGCCAAAAUGGGGACCAGUACGAGGCUAAUUCUUGGGGUGGUGAACUUGCUGCUCUUUCUUCGGCCACGUGUGGACACUCAGCACUGUUCAGCUAGAAUAAAUCCUCCAGAACUGGAUGGUCCUGAAUCUUGGCCCAUCAAUAAACCUCCAUUUGACAUGGCUUUUAUGUCUUCCUUUGUCCAUUCCUUUCUGAGCUCUGUCCAACCCAACCCUUUCCCUAAAGAUCUUUUCAUUAAAAUUCUGAAAUAUCACAUCACAGAUGAAGCAACAAUAAAUGAGGUUUUGCGCUAUGAGGUAGGAUUUCUGGUCUGCGUGGCCAUUGGGAUCCUGUACAUCGUCCUCAUGCCCUUAAUUGGCCUGUGUUUCGCUUGCUGCCGUUGCUGUGGAAAUUGUGGGGGCCGCAUGUACCAAGAGCAGACCAAUAGCAUCAACUGCAGACGACGGAGCUUUUACUGGGCCACUUUUCUAUUCACCUUACUUAUAUUGGCAGGGAAUAUUUGUAUGUUCUUAAGCAAUACCUACACCCAUGAGAAUGUAAGCUCUGCACCAGGUGAAUUCAGCAAUGCCUUAAAAAAUCUACAAAGCUACACCACAAAUAUUCCAGAGCAAAUACAGACAGUGGUGAAUGAGAGCUGUGUAGUUGUGGAUAAUGUGACGUAUAACAUUCAAGAAAUUGGCUCUUCGCUUGGCAAAAGUAUCCAAAGAGAAACAGAAAGCUCAAUUAUCCCAGCCCUAGACGCUACUGCAGUGAUGGCACAAGUUGUCCAGAACACCAGUUUGCUGCUCCACAAGUUGAAUGCAACUCAGAAAGAGCUGGAUUUACUACAGUCAAACCUGACCAGAGUGAAUGCUCGCAUCAACAACACACUACACAACCCAUCCUGCAUACACUGUGACUUAUUGAAGCCUGAACUGGACAAGUUUUCUCUGGACACAAGCAUGAAUUUACCUGGCCUUCGUAAGCUCCAGACAGCUGUGGACCAGGCUGAGAAGGCUGAUCUGAAUAAACAGACACAGAAAGGGAAAGACUUCUUGGAAAACAUUCCUGAAAUGGUGACUAAUAGAACCACAGACAUUACACAGAGGAUUCACCAGGAACUUCAGACCAUAAGGGAGCAGCUUUCACAGGCAACCACAGAUAUUCCAUUUAAACAAUUGACUGAAGUCUCCAACACUCUCAGUACUGUACAAGAAGAGGCAAAGAACUACACACCCAGCAUCAACCUGGCAGAGAAAAUCAGGUGGAUUAUUGGGGUGAUCCUGUGCUGUUUCAUUCUGCUGGUGGUGGUGUGUAAUCUACUGGGAUUGAUGCUUGGCUCCGCAGGACUGGUACCUAAAGGUGAUCCGACGGCUCGCUCUGGCACAGCAAACUGUGGUGGACUAUUCCUCAUGGCGGGUGUAGGCUUCAGCUUUUUAAUCUCUUGGAUCUUCAUGAUAGUAGUCCUGAUCCUUUUCGUAGUAGGGGGUAACACAUAUAUGCUUGUCUGUGUGCCAUGGAAGACCCAGCAAAUCUUUCAGAUCAUUGACACUCCAGGUGUGAUUCCAGGAUUCAACCUGUCUCAAAGCCUAGGACUCAAGACUAACCUCCCUAUCAGUGACGUGUAUAAUGACUGUCAAAUGAACAAGUCUCUAUGGAACACUCUUCACCUGGAGGACAUUAUUAACCUCAAUGACUAUCUUAAUAUCUCCAAAUUCACAGGACAAGUGCAGGAGGCGAUUGAGAGCAGCAAUAUCACUUUACCCAACAUCGUUCUGCUCGACUCUGAAACAAAGAAGCAACUGAGCACCUUCUCUGCAAAAGCCAGCAGUGUGAACCUCAGUAGCGUCAUGCACACGGCUAAUACUCCAGCAGUAACUCAGCUUGGCUACUUUGCAGAUGAAUUGGAGCGUUUGGCUAAUAGUCAGACCAAUACCACUGUUAAAGCUGAACUAGAGGAUGAGGUAAAAGACCUGAGAUUGAUCCAGACUCAGAUUAAUUCCAACAUCAAGCCUCAGCUGAAGGAGUUGGAGUCUGAAAUUGCACGUUUCAAUGACAUCAAUAGCACUGUGGAGAAUGUUCUGGAGAAAGUCGGUUCCGCUCAGGAUGCUUUGAACAAUACAGCACAAACCCUGAAAUCAAAAUUGAUUGAAUUUGUAGACUGUGAGAUUGGAGUCUUCACAGCGCUUGCUAAAUGGGUCAACCAAACAAUUACUGAGCAGGUGGGAUGCUGUGGGCUGGUUGCUGUUUCUGUCAACAGUGUAGAAAAUCUGUUUUGCUCGCAGCUUGUGGACUCUCUGAAUGCCUUUUGGUUCAGUUUGGGCUGGUGCAUGGUCUUUCUCAUUCCUAGCAUUAUUUUCUCUGUUAAACUGGCCAAGUUCUACCGCCGGAUGAAAUACAAAGAUGAGUUACUGGAAGACAUGAUGAUGAUGAAUCCUUUCCCACGGGCCAAGCUCAAGUCAUUCUGAAAGGAGGAAGAAAAUUUACAGUACUUUAUAUUUCUUGUUGGACCUUAGCACAGCCUGACAAGACAAGACAUACGCUGGAUGCUGGGCCUAAAAACCUCAGAGCCUGGAAAUCUGCUUUUGGAUAAAAGGGGAAAGUUUCAUGCUAUUUGGAAUGUGCACGUUUCAGACAUGCUUUAGAGACGUUACUGUAAGUGAGCUCUCCUGAGUCAUGACUAUGAAUGCAUAACAAUACAAAGGCUUUUGAGUUAUUUUGGGUCGCUGCUUUGGAUUUGCACUUUCUCUCACAGUGAUUAUGUAUCCGUUUAUUAUUAUUAUUAUUAUUUUUUUACAUUUAGUGAUAAUUGGUAACUAGAAUGAAAGCACUGCCUCCUGAGGUGCUGUAGUUUCAACUGUCGAUUUCAAACAUGCUGCCUUUAAUAAACCAUAUGACUGACAUUGUAA